CGACCGCUGCAUCAUUGUUUGAAGCGGUGGCCAGAGAGAGGGAGGGAGGGGUAAGAGGGAGAGAGAGGAAGGGAGGAAGGAAGAAAGAAAGAAAGUGAGGGGAAGUGCUAGAGAAAGUGAGAGUCAGGGAAGGUCUUUGUGCUGUUCUGUGGCUCAAUUCGCUGUUUGUUUGUUCUUGGAUUUUUAUUUCUCAUGAGUCGUUUAGGGUUCAAAUCCGUGGUCUACCAUGGCGACUCUUGUCUGGGAGAGUUGGACGCACUGCCAGUCAAGGACCAGAAUUUCCAAUUCCCGAACAACGAGAUUCGAAUUCACCACCUGUCUCCAGUCAGCGAACGAUGCCCUCCCCUCUCAAUCCUUCAAACGAUUUCCCCGUUCUCCGUCCGGUGCAAGCUCGAAUCGUCGUCGCCAAUUGAACAGCCUCACCUGAUCAAUCUUCACGCCUCUUGCUUCCACGAACUCCAGACGGCGGUGGUGCUGAUUGGCGACGAGGAGCUUCACUUGGUCGCAAUGCCGAGUAAGCUGAAGAAAUUUCCGUGCUUUUGGUGCUAUGCUGUUCCAUCCGGCUUGUACCCUGCUUGUCUGGGGAUGUUGAAUUUGCGGUGUCUCGCCAUUGUGUUCGAUCUUGAUGAAACUCUGAUUGUUGCGAAUACGAUGAAGUCAUUCGAGGACAGAAUUGAGCUGUUGCGUGUUUGGAUGGCCCGCGAAACGGAUUCAGUUCGUGUUUCAGGAAUGACGGCUGAAUUGAAACGGUACACGGAUGAUCGAGCUUUGUUGAAGCAGUAUGCAGAGUCUGAUUACAUUUUGGAUAAUGGCAAGAUGUUUAAGGUUCAAUUUGAGGAAGUUCUUCCAUUAUCAGAUAGUCAGGAGAAAAUCGUCCGCCCGGUUAUAAGAUUGCCUGAAAAGAAUAUAGUCCUUACGCGCAUUAAUCCGGAGAUUCGUGAUACUAGUGUGCUGGUUAGGUUAAGACCUGCCUGGGAGGAUUUGAGAAGUUAUUUAACUGCAAAAGGACGGAAAAGAUUUGAAGUUUAUGUUUGUACCAUGGCUGAAAGAGAUUAUGCCCUAGAGAUGUGGAGGCUGCUAGAUCCAGAGGCCCAUUUGAUAAGUGCAAAGCAGUUAUUGGAUCGAGUCAUAUGUGUCAAAUCAGGUGCAAGGAAAUCUUUGUUCAGUGUCUUCCAAGAUGGAAACUGCCUUCCAAAGAUGGCAAUGGUGAUUGAUGACCGCCUGAAGGUUUGGGAAGAUAGGGAUCAACCUCGAGUUCAUGUAGUACCUGCUUUUGCUCCUUAUUAUGCUCCUCAGGCGGAGACAGCACAUCCUGUUCCAGUCCUAUGUGUGGCAAGGAAUGUUGCAUGCAAUGUUAGAGGUGGUUUCUUCAAAGAGUUUGACGAGAGCAUAUUAAGAAGAAUCUCUGAGCAGUUCUUUGAAGAUGAGGUGGUAAAUUUGCCUGCUGCUCCUGAUGUGAGCAACUACUUGAUCUCCGAGGAUUAUACUUUCCUACAAAAUGGCAAUACUAACGCCCCAAUUGCUGAGGGAAUGAAUGGUCCUGAAGUUGCCCAGAGACUGAACCAGCCGGAUGAUAAGAUUGUGGCAGCAGAUUCUUUUUGUCAUCCUAUGACAAAUAAUCCAGAGCUUAGAUCUGAAGCCUCCAAGCUGCCCAUGUCAAAUGUUCCAACUUUUUUUACUUCACCAUCUUUCAGAACAUUGGUACCUUCAGAGAAGCCUAGUCUGCUUGGAGCUCCUUUCAGACGAGAUGGUGCCUUUUCUGAAUCUGAUCCUGAGUCAAAGAGAAGAUUCCUCAUAGUGAACCCUUCUCAAGAUAAACGUUAUACAGUCUCAGGCGAACCUCAUCUGCUGUCUAGAUUGCCUACACAACUACCAAUUACUCCUGCCCAACCACAGGGAGGCUGGUUAGUUGAAGAAGAUAAUAAUAGAGGACAUUUGACUAACAGAAAUCCUGUUCAAGAGUCUGAUGCAUUAAAAACUGAUAAACAGCGAACUUGUCAAACUCCAUCUCAUCUUGGAACAGCGAGUUCUACUUCUGCAGGAUUAUUAUCACACAUGUCUGAAGUGAAGGGAAAAGAGGGAUAUCCAGGACGGGAAAUACAAAGGCAGAAUCCUUCAGCAGAUGGUAGUGUACCUCCAAAUCAACUAUCCUCCAAUGGUAGAGAACUUCUAACUGAAGGUGGAAAAAUGAACUCGCUAUCAUCUGCUUUUUGUAUUGGAGUUUUACAGGAAAUUGGAAGAAGAUGCAGCUCAAAGGUUGAGUUCAGGUCUGUUGUGAGCACCAGUAAAGAUUUACAAUUUUCUGUUGAGGUUUUGUUCACUGGUGAAAAGAUUGGGUUUGGGAUGGGCAAGACAAGGAAGGAUGCCCAGCAACAGGCUGCUGAGAAUGCCCUCCACAGCCUGGCUGAUAGAUACAUAUCAUAUAUUGAACCUUGUUCUGGAGCCAUGGACGGAGAUUUUCAUAAGCCUUCCCUUGCAAGUGAAAAUGGAUUUUUAUGGGAUAUAAGCAGUCCUGGAUCAGACAAACCCGUAUUGGAAGAUGGGUUGGCUAAAGAAAGCUCUUCUGAGGUGGGGACUUGUGAUAAAGGAAAAGGUGGAGUGAGCUGGUCUUGUUCACUACUGCUGCCUUCACCCUGUUCUCAGUUCCUGUCUUUAGAGGUUCCUGAAGAGGCACUUGCCAACACUUCCUCUCAAGGGGCAAGCCAGCGAGUACAAAAGCAUUCAAAUUCUACCGGGACAUUGAUUGGGAUGUCUACUAAUCAAAUCAGUUUCUCCAACACCCCCUUCAAGCUGGCGAGUAUAUGUUGACCAUUCUCAGCUUGCAUGUUGUCGCAGUCCGUUGCAAGUAAACGGCAAAAGGAAGAAGUGCCCAGUUCACAAGGUCUGUCAUGCUUGUCACAGCCAAAGAAUGGGAAUUGUGUUUCAUGAAAAAUUAUGAAAACUGUAGAAGGAUGAAACAGCCUUAGUUCUCACACCAGAAUUUUUGCACGAUAAAGAGUUUUACAGUGUCCGGCCGGUUAAGUUAAUAUUCUCCUUUUUUUUUUUUUUUUUUUGUCUUAGUUUCUCUUUCAGAAAAGCGGGCAAAUUUUUUGUUCAUGCCCCCUUUUUCGUUCAUGGAUGAUAAGGGUAGAUAGUAGUCUGUUGCUGUUUGUAAUUUUUCUGUAUUUAGCAUUGUGGUUAGCAAUCAAUCUAUGGUAGAUAUCCCCAAAUCUGAAUCAUAAGGGAUAGAGGAGGCUUUCUAGUGUUUCUCUUCUUUGAUGGUAUUUUAA